AGCGGGGAAGGGGGGCGCGGGAGACGAGCGCUAAGAUGGCCGCUCCGGCUCGGGCUGUUUUCAGAUGCUUCAAAUGUUAUGAACAGAGACUUGUUUGGAUUAUGUGUUUCUCAGCUAGACUAAAUAAAUGCUAACAAUGGAUAAGUGCAAACACAUUGGGCAGUUGCAGCUUGCUCAAGACCAUUCCAUCCUCAACCCUCAGAAAUGGCAUUGUGUGGACUGCAAUACAACUGAGUCUAUUUGGGCUUGCCUUAGCUGUUCCCAUGUGGCCUGUGGAAGAUAUAUUGAAGAACAUGCACUCAAGCACUUUCAAGAAAGCAGUCAUCCUGUUGCAUUGGAGGUGAACGAGAUGUAUGUUUUUUGUUACCUUUGUGAUGAUUAUGUUCUUAAUGAUAAUGCAAUUGGAGACCUGAAGUUACUACGAAGUACAUUAAGUGCAAUCAAAAGUCAAAAUUAUCACUGCACCACUCGUAGUGGAAGGGUUUUACGGUCUAUGGGUACAAGUGAUGAUUCUUAUUUCUUGCAUGAUGGCACCCUAUCUCUGCUUCAAAAUGAAGAUCAAAUGUACACUGCUCUUUGGCACAGGAGAAGGAUACUAAUGGGUAAAAUCUUUCGAACUUGGUUUGAACAGUCACCCACUGGAAGAAGAAGGCAAGAACAAUUUCAGGAAAAAAUAGCAAAAAGAGAAGUGAAGAAAAGACGGCAAGAAUUAGAGUGUCAAGUUAAAGCAGAAUUGGAAAGUAUGCCUCCAAGAAAGAGUUUACGUUUGCAAGGUCUAGCUGAGUCCACCACAGUAGAAAUAGUUCCUGUUCAAGUACCAGUGCAAGCCUCAGCAUCACCAGCAGAAGAUAAAGUAGUAUCUACCUCAGAAGAUGUAAGACUAAAAGAAGCCAGUGACUUCUCUGUUAAACAAAGACCAGUAGUAACUCCUGGUGUAACAGGAUUGAGAAAUUUGGGAAAUACUUGCUAUAUGAAUUCUGUUCUUCAAGUGUUAAGUCAUUUACUUAUUUUUCGACAAUGUUUUUUAAAACUUGAUCUGAACCAAUGGCUAGCUGUGACAGCUAGUGAUAAAACAAGAUCAUCUUAUAAGAAUCCUUCAAUCACAGAUACAGUAUAUCAAAUGAAUGAAUGCCAAGAAAAAGAAACAUGCUCUGUUCGCUCCAGACAUCCAAGUUUAUCAUCAGGACUAAGCGGUGGAGCAUCAAAGAGUAGAAAGAUGGAACUUAUUCAGCCAAGGGAGCCAAGUUCACAGUACAUUUCUCUCUGUCAUGAAUUGCAUACUUUGUUCCAAGUCAUGUGGUCUGGAAAGUGGGCCUUGGUCUCACCAUUUGCUAUGCUACACUCAGUAUGGAGGCUAAUUCCUGCUUUUCGUGGUUAUGCCCAACAAGAUGCUCAGGAAUUUCUUUGUGAGCUUUUGGAUAAAAUACAACAUGAACUAGAGACAACUGGUACCAGGUUACCAGCUCUUAUCCCUACUUCUCAAAGGAAACUUAUCAAGCAGGUUCUGAAUGUUGUAAAUAACAUCUUUCAUGGACAACUUCUUAGUCAGGUUACAUGUCUUGCAUGUGACAACAAAUCAAACACCAUAGAACCUUUCUGGGACUUGUCACUGGAAUUUCCAGAAAGAUACCAAUGCAGUGGAAGAGAUAUUGUUUCCCAGCCAUGUCUGGUUACUGAAAUGUUGGCCAAAUUCACAGAAACCGAAGCUUUAGAAGGAAAAAUCUACGUAUGUGACCAGUGCAAUUCAAAGCGUAGAAGGUUUUCCUCAAAACCAGUUGUACUCACAGAAGCCCAGAAACAGCUUAUGAUUUGCCACCUACCUCAGGUUCUCAGACUACAUCUCAAACGAUUCAGGUGGUCAGGACAUAAUAACCGAGAGAAGAUUGGUGUUCAUGUUGGCUUUGAAGAAAUCUUAAACAUGGAGCCCUAUUGCUGCAGGGAAUCCCUGAAAUCCCUCAGACCAGAAUGUUUUAUCUAUGAUUUAUCUGCUGUAGUAAUGCACCACGGGAAAGGAUUUGGCUCAGGACACUACACUGCCUACUGUUAUAAUUCCGAAGGAGGGUUCUGGGUACACUGCAAUGAUUCCAAGCUAAGCAUGUGCACUAUGGAUGAAGUAUGCAAGGCCCAAGCUUAUAUCUUGUUUUAUACCCAGCGAGUUACUGAGAAUGGACAUUCUAAACUCUUGCCUCCAGAACUCCUGUCUGGUAACCAGCAUCCCAAUGAAGAAGCUGAUGCCUCUUCUAAUGAAAUCCUUAGCUGAUCCAAAGACAGUGGGGCUUUCUUCUUGUGAUUUGUAUAUAUACUUUUUAAAAGGGCUGACUUAAUUUUGAGCUACAUUGUUUUUAUUUUUACUUACUAAUCAGUGCACACUAUGUUUACACAUUUUGUAUCUAACUACAACAAAUCUCUUUUUUACAGAGGAAGUUAGCUUAAGUGUAUGUGUAUCAAUGUCAGCAGGUAACUAAACUUUUUUCAAGUACUCGGGAGUUUUCAACUUUGUGUUUACCUCAGACUGGUGUUACCUCUUUUAUAUUUCGAUGUCUUAAUUGGCUCAGAUCAUGAAUUUGUGCAGUCUUCUACUGAAGAAGUUCAGAUGGCAUCAUUUUAUACAUUUCUUAUUUAUCUUUUUAUAGCUCUUUUCUAUACAAAUUCUUAUCAGACAGAAUAUUAGACUUU